AUGGAUCAGAAGAAGCUACGUAUAGCUAGCCUGGGCAGUUCAUUCGCUGCCGGGCCUGACAUCCCCCCACAAAUCAAGCCUCUUGCCGCGAUGCGAUCAGGACAAAAUUAUCCUCACCUCUUGGCGCAACUAUUAAAUGCCGAACUCACAGAUCUUUCAGUCUCUGGAGCAACUCUCCUCAACAUCAUAGUUGAACCACAAUCUGCGCCAUUAUUCGAACAUGUCUUUCCGCCGCAAAUAUCAGACCUACCCGGAGAUGCAGAUAUCAUCACCGUCACUGCAGGAGGAAACGACAUAAACUACAUUGGAGGCAUGAUCUCCGACGCUUGCGGUGCUCCAAUGCAAUCACCAGACCCGUUGACACUUGAUCAAUUGGCACAGAGAUUAGGCGAUGUCCUUGAUGAGCUACACAAACUGGCUCCAAAAGCUCGCAUUUACCUUAUUGAAUAUCUCGCUAUUCUAGGACCCGACACACAGCCUGAACAAGAUAUUCCCUUCAACCAGGAAAGGAUCACACACCACAGCGGAGUCGCGUCUCUCCUUCAACAUGCAUAUUCGGCUGCUGCAGAAAGUAGACGUGAUUGGUGUGAAAGAGUCCCGAUUCACGAACUUAGCCUUGGACACGCACUUGGGAGCAAAGAACCCUGGGUCGGAGGUUUUGACGGCGGGCCGCUCCUUCACCCCAACCUUGCCGGAAUGAAGGCAAUUGCGGAUGUUCUGUUCGAGAGGAUCCGCAAUGACUCUAACAGGGCACUGCUCUGA